AACAGUAGAGAGCGGCUAGCCUACCAACUGCAUCGGUGCCAACUCACAUCCCACGUUCCUUCUUUUUAAUUUCUCUUUGCUUUUCCUCAAGCCAUGAUGCCCCGGAUCCUCCCUAAGGCCUCCUCUGCCAUGGCCACCUUCCCUUGCUCUAGGGUGAGAAGUGGGUUUUGCGUGUGGCCGGAUGUGAGGCAACUCUGCUUCAGAAAAAGUCUUCUAUAUGGUUUUAUGCGACUCUUUUCUACACCAUUGAAGACAUUACGUGGAGCUAGUCGAUCACUGAGAGUUAAUCAAUUCUGCAGCGUAGUGAAUAUGUCUUCCUCAUUGCAAAUUGAAUUGGUGCCGUGCCUCCGGGACAAUUACGCAUAUCUGUUACAUGAUGUAGAUACGGGGACGGUGGGCGUUGUUGAUCCUUCUGAAGCUGUGCCUGUUAUUGAUGCUUUGACCAAGAAAAAUCGUAAUUUGACAUACAUACUGAACACUCACCAUCAUCAUGACCACACCGGUGGGAAUGUAGAGUUGAAAGCAAGGUACGGAGCGAAGGUGAUUGGUGCAGGAGUAGACAAGGAAAGGAUUCCUGGUAUUGACAUUUAUUUGAAUGAUGGAGAUAUGUGGAUGUUUGCAGGCCACGAGGUGCUUAUAAUGGAGACACCUGGUCAUACUCGAGGUCACAUCAGCUUCUAUUUUCCUGGAUCUGGAGCAAUUUUUACUGGGGACACUUUUUUCAGCUUAUCAUGCGGCAAGCUCUUUGAAGGAACCCCUGAGCAGAUGCUCUCUUCUCUAAGAAAGAUCAUGUCAUUGCCAGACGAUACAAGUAUAUACUGUGGUCAUGAAUACACACUGAGUAAUUCAAAGUUUGCGCUAUCUAUAGAACCAUCAAACAAGGAACUUCAUUCCUAUGCUGCCCAUGUAGCCCAUCUUCGAAGUAAGGGCUUGCCCACGAUCCCAACUACCCUGAAGAUGGAAAAGGCCUGCAAUCCAUUCCUUCGUACGAUGAGCACGGAAAUUCGGCGGUCUUUAAACAUUGCAGUCACAGCAGAUGAUGCACACGCCUUAGGUGUCAUCCGCCAAGCAAAAGAUAAUUUUUAGGCCUUUUUCAGCUUGAAAUUAUAAAAUUCUGGUUCUAUAUAUACUUAAUCUGUAUAGAUUAGGAUGAUGAAUCCUUCUGCAAUAAUAGUUUCUUGAUGCCAUCUCUUUGUAGAAAUUUCAGAUGCUUAAUUUGAGUCCAAAUGAGAGUGAUGUUACUAAAUUAUGUUUUGGUCUGUUGGCGUGAGGGGCACCAGUGAUUUGCUGGUUGAAGUCCACGAGAAUGAUCUGUAUGUGCUACUAUUGUAUCAUAUUUGGUGGCAGAGAAUGUUGCCUUUCUAAUUUCUAUUCGUCACCUGGGGUGGCAC